AUGGUCACUGUUCAAGGAACGGCAUAUACAGUUCGUGUCUUCGACACUACAAAUGAAGUCAAGUCAGCAAACAACCUUGUCAGAAUGCUGAAGACAGUGAUCAAGGUCGUUGAGGAUGAGUGGGGUGUCAUCGUCAUUGCUGUUAUGUCAGACUGCAGUGGCGAAUCACGGUCUGCUCGAAGCAUCCUCGUCAGGGAGAGGCCAGACCUUGUUGCUCCAGACUGCUACUCCCAUCAGAUCAACCUUGUUGUCGGCAACUAUCUUAACAGUCAUGUUUGGUUCUUCAUAUACGCCGAGAAAGCAGACAAGCUUCUCAUUGCAGAUUCAAAUCUGUAUGCAUCUGGGACAUCAAGUAGCCAUGUGAAGACCCGUGAGAUGGUGCCUAUUGUCCAGGAUGCCCUUUUCUGGCAUUCACUUGCAAGGAUCAAGAAUCAUCUUGAACCGCUCGCAAUCGCCGCAAAUGUGACUCAGGGUGCACGCUGUCGACUCGAUCAAGUUCUGUUGACAUUCGGGUUUUUAUUCCUCCAUUUCUCUCUUCUUGACGAUGGAGAUGACAGCGAUGCAUGUCAGAAAGUGAUUGACAGCUUGGAAAUGCGAUGGGGAAAGGCGGACCAAGAGGUCUUCAUCGCAGCAGUGAUUCUGAAUCCAUAUCACAAGAUCAAUCCUUUCCAUCCCCUCCCAAUCUUCACGCACGCCAAUAUCUAUGCACUUCUCUGCCGGCUUUGGGGCCACUUCUACGGGACAAGCUUCACAGUGCCAUUAUCUCUGCACACUGAACUCAGGAAAUACUUCGCGGGCACUGGUUUCUAUGCAAGCCUUCAAACCUACAUGAAGAGUUUGGACGACCUUGCCAUAGCAAAGGGCAAUGUUCCUGACCCACUGGAGGUGUGGAAUGGAUUCACAUUCUCUGGCAUGGAGCCGCCGCCAUUAAUUCGCCUCGCAAUUCGCAUUCUCUCCAUCUGUGCUAAUUCGGCAUCCUGUGAACGACUAUUCAGUACCCUUGGAUUGAUACUCACAAAACUCCGCACCCGCAUGGGUACGAGCCUCCUUAUAGAUUUUGUGGAGCUCAAGAUGCAUCUUCGAGAUGCACAGAAACACAAGCAGAUAAAGGAACGCCUCAGGCGCCACUUCGGGAAGUUGAAGGAGAAGUCUCAAUCAUCUCGAGACACAGCGCCAGUGCCUACUCAAACUGUUCCAGCUCCAACUACAACUGCUGCGGGUCCAUCCACACAGGGUCAAGAUGAUAAUCAUUCUGGUGCAAACUCAAUGCGCAACAUAUCCACAACACUGUCGAGGAUGGUAGACACCGAUUUGGACAACCCAGACUCAAGGUCCUUCUCAUCUAAAAUCACUGUCACACUCCAUUCCCUCUUUAACAUGACAUCCACAUACUGGCUGGACAGUCAUGCACGAAGCUCAGUCCAAAGCCUCGCUGAUGAGUUGGAGGUGUAUGAAUUGCUGGAUUUAGAUGGAGAGGGAGAACUCGCGGAGGGGCCUGAAAUUGACUCAGAUGAUGUUGCAGCUGCACUUCUUGAUGAGUGA